ACGUUAGUCAACCGAGUUUCCGGUACAGAUCGGGUAGUUCCAUAUCGCCCGGCGGAAUUGUAUACGUUUUGAUAGAUUGACGAUAAUCCUCAUCUGCGAAGAUGUCCAAAAGACAUCGCUUGGAUUUAGGCGACGAUCACUCCACCAGUAAGAAGAGGUCUGAUGGAAGAGACCGAGAUCGUGACAGAGACCGCGAGGACCGCUCCAGGGACAGGGAUCGAGAUAGGGAUCGUGACAGGGACAGAGACCGGGACAGAGACCUGAAGCCUUCUAGCGUGCCCUCUAACAGCAUGGCAGCUGCAGUGGGCAUACAACCCCUCAAACAGAUGGCGGUGCACCAGCAGAUUAAUCCGUUUACCAAUUUACCGCACACACCACGUUUUUAUGAGAUCCUGAAAAAGAGGUUACAGCUUCCUGUGUGGGAGUACAAGGAGAGCUUCAGCGACAUCAUUACACGUCACCAGAGCUUUGUCCUUGUCGGAGAAACUGGCUCUGGAAAAACGACACAGAUCCCUCAGUGGUGCGUGGACAUGGUGAGAGGUUUGCCUGGUCCUAAACGAGCAGUGGCCUGUACUCAGCCCAGAAGAGUGGCAGCCAUGAGUGUGGCUCAAAGAGUGGCAGACGAAAUGGACGUGAUGCUCGGACAGGAAGUCGGUUACUCUAUCCGAUUUGAGGACUGUAGCUCUGCCAAGACUAUAUUGAAGUACAUGACAGAUGGUAUGUUAUUAAGAGAGGCUAUGAAUGACCCACUGCUGGAGCGAUAUGGUGUGAUCAUUUUGGAUGAGGCCCACGAGCGAACUUUGGCCACAGAUAUCCUGAUGGGAGUUCUCAAGGAGGUGGUGCGUCAAAGAGCGGAUCUGAAGGUGAUUGUCAUGAGUGCCACGCUAGAUGCUGGAAAGUUCCAGGUUUACUUCGACAACUGUCCCCUGCUGACUAUUCCUGGGCGUACGCACCCUGUGGAGAUCUUCUACACCCCUGAACCAGAGCGAGAUUACCUUGAGGCAGCAAUCCGUACUGUCAUUCAGAUUCAUAUGUGUGAGGAAGAGGAGGGUGACUGCCUCCUCUUCCUCACCGGUCAAGAGGAAAUUGACGAGGCCUGCAAGCGAAUCAAGCGUGAGGUUGAUGACCUUGGACCUGACGUUGGAGACAUUAAAAUCAUUCCACUGUAUUCCACGCUGCCACCACAGCAGCAGCAAAGGAUCUUCGAGCCGCCUCCCCCGAGGAAGCCCAAUGGUGCAAUAGGAAGAAAGGUCGUCGUGUCAACAAACAUUGCUGAAACCUCUCUAACAAUUGAUGGUGUGGUGUUCGUCAUUGAUCCUGGAUUUGCUAAACAGAAGGUCUACAAUCCUCGUAUCCGAGUUGAGUCUUUGCUUGUCACCGCCAUCAGUAAAGCUUCUGCCCAGCAGAGGGCGGGACGAGCUGGCAGAACACGUCCAGGAAAAUGUUUCCGCCUCUACACAGAGAAGGCCUACAAAACAGAGAUGCAGGAUAACACAUAUCCAGAGAUUCUUCGAUCCAACCUGGGAUCUGUUGUGCUGCAGCUGAAAAAGCUUGGUAUUGACGACCUGGUGCAUUUUGAUUUCAUGGAUCCCCCAGCUCCUGAAACAUUAAUGAGGGCCCUGGAACUGCUGAAUUACCUCGCUGCUCUCAAUGAUGAUGGUGACCUGACGGAGCUAGGCUCCAUGAUGGCGGAGUUUCCCCUGGACCCCCAGCUGGCUAAGAUGGUCAUUGCCAGCUGCGAGUUUAACUGCUCUAAUGAGAUCCUUUCCAUUACUGCCAUGUUGUCAGUCCCACAGUGUUUUGUCCGCCCCACGGAGGCUAAGAAGGCAGCUGACGAGUCCAAGAUGAGGUUUGCUCACAUUGACGGAGACCACUUGACGCUGCUCAACGUCUACCAUGCCUUCAAACAAAACCAUGAAUCUAACCAGUGGUGCUAUGACAACUUUGUCAACUACCGUUCACUGAUGUCUGCUGACAACGUGCGGCAACAGCUGUCGAGGAUCAUGGACCGAUUCAGCCUGCCCCGUCGGAGCACAGAGUUCACCAGCAGAGAUUACUACAUCAACAUCCGCCGGGCGCUCUGCACCGGCUUCUUCAUGCAGGUGGCUCAUCUGGAGCGCACAGGUCAUUACCUCACGGUGAAAGACAACCAAGUGGUCCAGCUGCACCCGUCUACUGUGCUGGACCACAAGCCUGAAUGGGUGCUCUACAACGAGUUUGUCCUCACCACCAAGAACUACAUCCGCACUUGCACAGACAUCAAGCCAGAGUGGCUGGUGAAGAUCGCUCCCCAGUACUAUGAAAUGGGUAACUUCCCACAAUGUGAAGCUAAAAGACAGCUGGAGCGAAUCGUUGCCAAAUUGGAUACUAAGGAAUAUUCUCAGUACUGAACAAUGCGUGUCCUGGAAAUCAGUUGCAUACUAUAGUUUUAGAUCUUUCUGUACCAUUGUAUGCUAAAAUUUGGCAUUUUGAUUUUUAUAUUUUGAUUUUUUUUUUUCCUUUUCUUUUGUUUUUCCCCAUCAAUGUUUGUUCUGUAUCUAAGUGUAAUGUCAGAUUAAAUAUCAGCAGCAAGUAUUAGACCUGACUACAAAGAUUUCAGAAGGAAUAUCAAAAUCAUGUCAUUUAGAUGUGGUUGACUUUCCUUCAAGGGAUUGCCGAGUCAUUAAAAACAGAUUGUGCUUGCUUUGUUUCUUUAAUAAAGGAGCUUUGACUUAA